AUGCAGGGCUUCAACAUGGGGCGCUAUUACCCGCCCGACGCGUCCAACACGCCCUCCUUCAACAAAUCGCAUCCGCUCGGUGCUCGCGCAAGCAAGAUCGGCCAGGGUAUCCUCACGGUCCGCUUCGAGCUGCCCUUCGCCGUGUGGUGCCAGCACUGCAAGCCUGAGGCCAUCGUCGGCCAGGGCGUACGCUUCAACGCUGCCAAGAAGAAAGUGGGCAACUACCACAGCACACCCAUCUGGCAGUUUCGCAUGAAACACACGGCCUGUGGCGGCGAGUGGGAAAUACGCACCGAUCCCAAGAGCACGCAGUAUGUUUGCGUAGAGGGUUGCAGGAAGCGCGACUAUGGGCCAGAAGAGGCUGGCGAGGGCGAGCAAGGCGAGCUGAGGUUCUUGAGCGAGGCCGAGAAAGCGAAGAGGAGAGACGAUGCGUUCGCGGGCUUGGAAGGCAAACUGGACGAGAAGGCGAGGGAGAAGGGGAAUAAGGAGAGGUUGGAGGAGCUGUACGACAGCGCCGAGGUCUGGAGGGAUCCAUACGACGUCAAUGCAAGGCUGAGGAAAGAAAUGAGGGCCAAGAGGACCGUCUGGAAGAGAGAGGAGAGGCAUAAAGAGGACAUGCAGGACAAGUUUAGCCUGGGAUUGGAUAUCGUAGACGAAACAGAUGCAGAUCGGCAGAGCGCCAGGCUGGUAGACUUUGACAGCCUCGAGGGUGGGAGGGAGACUUGGAAACCCCUAUUUGCCGAGUUCAACGUCGUCAACAGCGGACGCGAGACAAGCAAAGCACCCAAGACGAAGAAGCUGAAGGCCGAGUUGGCCGCAGAAUCGAGUCGACAAAGCCUUCAGCAAAAGCUCGUGGGCAACACGCGCGCCGCUGUCGAUCCUUUCGUUGCCCGGGAGGUAGCCUCCACAGCAAGGCCGAAUCUAGGCAUCUUGAAGAGAAAAAGGGACCUGCAGGCUGAUUCGGAACCACAAGCCUUGCUGCCUGGCUCUGAAUCUUUGGAUAAGAGUGUGGCGACCAGUGCUUCACCGGCCCUGAAGCUUGCAUCCCUGGUAGGUUACGACUCGGAUUGA